UUCUCAUUCUGUGGUAACUGGUAAGCACUACACCCUUCUCUUCUCUUGUCUUCCACCAUUUCAUUUCUGUUUAGCCCCAAAUUCAGUUUUUAGACGGAAAAACAUGGCUGAGAGUCUUGCAGCUGCCAUCCUGAUCCCUGCUGCUCAGACAAUCCUGGAUGCCUUGAUUCCACUUGUAACCCAGCAGAUUAACCUGGCAUGGACUUUCAAACAAGACCUCCGAAAGCUCCAAAGAAGAUUGGAGAACAUCGAAGCUCUACUGCGUGAUGCUGAGAAAGGGAAAAUACCAUCAGAAGCCCUGAAAAAGUGGCUAAAGAGUCUCAAGUCGGUGACCUGCGAUGCGGAGAAUGUGCUGGGUGAGUUUGCAUAUGAAGCUCUUCGAAAGAAGUUGGAGGUAGGAAACCGGAUGAGGCACAAGGUACGCAACUUCUUCUCGCCCUCUAAUCCGUUGGCAUUUCGUAUCAAGAUGGCUAAUAGGGUGAACAAUAUCAAUGGAUUAUUGGACGAGAUUAGUAAAGAAGCACGUGAUAUGGGUCUUACACCUGCGGACCAGCUCACCGGUGCUUUUGUUCCGCCUAGUGAGCAUAGGCCAACUACACCUUUUGUAGACAAAUCACGUUGUGUGGGGAGGGAUCAUGAUGUCGUAGUAGUAAGAAACAUGUUACUUGGCUCUAAAGAUGAUUUAUCUGUCAUUGCUAUUGUAGGAAUGCCUGGGCUUGGGAAAACAACACUGGCCCAGUUAGUUUACCAUGAUAAGGAGGUUGUGGGGCAUUUUAGCGGUUACAAAAUGUGGAUUUGUGUCUCUGAUGAUUUCAGGGUUGAAAGGUUAUUGAAUGAGAUGGUGGAAUGUCUUUUUAAGGGGGAAUCCAAGAUGUCAAAUAUUGGAGCAAUAGUAGAAAAGCUUGGAGAAAAACUGAAAGGAAAGAGAUACUUACUCGUGUUAGACGAUGUUUGGAAUACGAAUACACAAAUAUGGGAACAAUUGAUAAGUUCUUUGAAAGGUAUAGAGGGCACCAACGGGGGCAAAAUUAUAGUUACAACUCGUACUGAGGAGGUGGUAAACGCAAUGAGGGUGCCCCAAUCUCUUACCCAUCCUUUGCAUAAACUGUCAGAUAAAGAUAGUUGGACCAUGUUUAGGGAAAGAGCAUUUGCAAAUAGAGAACCAAGAGAAAUUCAAACUCUAGAAGAAAUUGGUAGAAGAAUGGUAGAAAAGUGUAAGGGUGUGCCAUUGGCGAUAAAGUCAUUAGGAGGCUUAUUGUACGACAAGAAACUUCUAUCAGAGUGGGAGUCCAUUGAGGAGAGUGAAUUAUGGAGAGUUAAGGGUGAAAUUCUUCCAGCGUUAAGGCUUAGUUUCCAUCACCUACCCUUCCCAAGUUUGAAACAAUGUUUUGCUUAUUGUUCAAUUUUUCCAAAGGACCAAUUACUGAUAAAGGAUGUCCUGAUUCAGCUUUGGAUGAGUCUAGGUUAUCUUCAGUCUCUUCCAGGGAAAAAUAUGGAAAUGGAAGAUGUAGGCAAUGAAUAUUUUGAUAUCUUGUUGCGCAAUUCACUAUUACAAGAUGCUGUCUUGGAUGAGAAUAACGAUAUUAUUGCUUGCAAGAUGCAUGAUCUCGUACAUGAUCUUGCUCUUGAUGUCUCAGAGGGUAGUUGUUUGACUUUGGAAGCUAGUAAGGUUAAAGACCAUCCCGAGGUUCAACACUUGUCAUUGUGUCUCAACGAAGAAACAAGGUUAGAAUUUUCAGACAGAACUGUUGGGAAGCUAAGGUCAGUAUUUUUAACUGGAAAUCUCCCCCAAAAUAUUGAACAUGUCAAAUCUAUCCGUGCCUUGAGUAUAGUAGAAUAUGAUGGGAAAGAGUUGUCGAGUUCUAUAUGCAAGUUCAUACAUCUAAAAUAUCUUGACCUCUCGAAGUCUUCUUUUGAAAAAGUGCCCAAUUCUAUCACCCAGCUCUACAAUUUGGAAACACUGAGGUUGCCACCGUUUUCAAAUAUUUUAGAAGAGAUUCAGACAGAGUUCCAUAAGUUGGUUAGCUUGAGACAUAUUUGUGUGGAAGAUACAGAAAAUAGUAGCAAAAUGAUUCCAACCAUGAUAGGGCAUUUGACUUCUUUGCAAACAUUACCAUUCUUUUUUGUGGGUAAGGAUCAAGGCCAUAAAAUUGAAGAGCUGGGAAGUUUAAGCAACCUAAGAGGUAGAUUAAUUGUUUACGAUCUCCAGCACGUGAAAGACCAGGAAGAAGCAAAUAGAGCCAACAUGUCCGGAAAAACAAAAAUUACAGAGUUGAGAUUUCAUUGGGAUACGGACUAUGAAAACUCGAACAUUGAGUACAAUGAUGUCUUGGAAGGACUUAAACCUCACAAGAAUCUUAGGCGUUUAAUGGUUAAAGAUUUCGGAGGGCGAAGAUUGGCAUCAUGGAUGAGGAGUAGAGAUGAUCAGUCGCUUCAAAAUUUGGUGAAGAUUGAACUAAUUGGCUGCAAAGUUUGUGAAGAUAUCCCAAUACUUGGACACCUUCCGCACCUUGAAGUUGUUGAAAUGGUAGAAUUGGAUAAUGUGGAAAUCAUUGGUCCUGAUUUCUAUGGAUUUGAUGAACGAACUGUUGCUGGUAGAAGUACUACUGUGGCUGCACCAACACAAGUAGUAUUUCCGGCAUUGAGGAAACUCACUAUUCGUGGUAUGCAGAAGCUAAAAGAGUGGUCGGAUGUAUCGUCAUUGUCUCUUGCAACCACGAGUAUGAUGGAGUUCUUCCCUCGUCUCGAGGAUUUGUAUAUCUCUGAAUGCCCUAACUUGAUUACCAUUCCAGGUCAUUUGUUAUGCAUUCAAGAUUUACAUAUUGUUUCGGACGAGGGGUUUUCAGAUUUAAGGGCAAGGGUCUAUAAGUAUAGACCCGGUUCGACCAUAGUGGUAGAUCGGGAUGCGAAAAAUAUUGGAACUCUAAUUGAACAUUUGCUGGGAAAGAGCAGCAAGUUCCUAAGACAUCUGGUAAUAGCGGAAUUGAAGGAGUUGUGUUGUUUACCAAAACAACUACUAAACCUAGCUUCCCUUGAGCUUUUAAAAAUAACACGGUGCCCCAAUCUGAUGUACAUAGGCGAAGAAGAAACAGGAGCGGAAUUCAACAGCUGCCUAACGUCCCUUCAAGAGCUUUCAAUUAGGUCGUGCUCAAAGUUGAGAUACUUGCCAAAGGGGUUGCUACAACCGACCCUCGUAAGAUUGGAUAUGUAUGCGUGUCACAAUUUAAUGGAGGCCAGCCCUGAUGAAUUGCACAACCUCACGUCCCUUGAGGAGCUGGACUUGAAAAACUGUAACUCACGGUGGGAGAGGUGUUGGGGUGAGGGGCAGUUCUGUUUGACCAGCCUUCGAAAGUUGGAUAUUGGUUACUUCUCAGAGCAGCUAGAUUAUUUCCCCUGGCCAGAGGUUGAGAUAGCCAAAGCUCAAAACCCGCAACAUUACCCAUUCAUGUUCCUAGAAUCUCUGGAGAUAUGGGGAUGGCGAAAGCUCAAGUUCCUUCCCGAUCAUCUUCAGCACCUCACUUCCUUAAGAAAGCUGCGAAUUUGUGGUUUCGAUGGGUUGAAAGCUCUACCAGAGUGGUUGGGUAACUUUUCAUCUCUUCAAUCAUUGACUCUCCAGUGGUGCAGUAAACUGAAGAGUUUGCCCUCACUGGGAAAAUUUCGGCUUCUCAAGAAUUUAAAAUCUCUGACUAUAUUCGGUUGUCCCCUCCUAAAGGAAAGAUGCAAAGAAGGGGGAGAAGAGUAUUGCAAAAUUGCUAGUAUUCCAUCGCUCAAAGUAGACUAGCUACGGUUAUUAGCCAGACCACAUUUAACGGUUCCCUCUGCAAUUCUAUUCCAUCAAUAUAAACCAUUGAAAGUCCCCUGCCAACCAUCUGUUUGGUUUAUGGGACGUCCGGUGACAAUGGAAGAACAGCGGUGAUGACACCACGUGAAAUAACGCCAUUGAAGAAAAAGGUAUGUGAACGGUAGUCUGCUUAUCAUUUAAAUCCUUGAAUUGAACUGGACUCGAGAACAUGUCUUCCAUUCAAAUAGUGCUCAGUGCACAAACUGAAAAGCAAGAGGUCCAAGGGACGAUGGCAAGUGUAAAAUUAACAUUGCAAUCGUACCUUCUUGGAGAAUCUCUAAGAUUAGGCAACAAACUAAAUGUGCUCUUUGUUUGUUUCUUGUUCAAAAAAUUUCUUAAGCAUUCUUUCUGUUUUGCAGAAUGCUUGGAAGUUGGAAUGCCAUAUGCUAGAUAUGUGGAAAUUCAAGGCAUCAUUUAGGUUUUGUUCUCAAAAGUCUCAUUCAAAAACUUUUUUGCACAAAGUUUUGUCUUUAGCAGUGAAAUUUGUGCCGGAUUGGUUCAAAUUGUUCAGUAGUUUUUCCUAGCUGCUUAACUGUUUGUCCAGAGAUAAUAAUCUUGCAACGUCAGCAGUUUUUUUUUUUGAUAAGUUGCAAUUUCCGCAGUUGUUUUUCUCUGCUGGAAGGUUAUCGGAAAGGAUUUUUGUAAAGGUAGCUUAAGGUGAAGAUUUCGGUCCAAGACUCCAAUGUCUGACCUCCCACUAAAGAAGCAAGCAAAUAUUGCAUUAGCAGGCAAUAGUUUUCCUUGAAUUCUUAUUUACAUUUGAUGUUAUCUGUAGGCUCGAUAACCUAUUGGUGUCUGCCAGAAUGUUUCCCAAUAGCGUGAUAUUUUGGUGCCAAGCAGGAUUGCAGAAUACAGUUGCAGAGCAAUCCACCCAUCUUCUAAGUCAUCUUGCAAGAAUCAAGGAAUUUAUCAGGGGAAUAGAACCAUAGUUCUUGAGAAAUAGAGUUGAGUCAUCUGUACAUCAUAGCAUCUUGUUUUCGAUCAGAAACCAUUAACGUGGUAGUGAUCUUGUACAUGCACCGGUUUCAUUCGCUUUUAGGCAGAAUUUCUCUGUAUUUAGCAUUCUCAAAUUCCUUUUCGGGAAAUUGUCAUUCUCCUCGAAAGUCCCUGUUCCAUUCCUUUUUGGGUAAAAAAGGGUUAAUUGUAUCGCUUGUAUUGAUCGAUAUCGGACCAUUUCCAUUGCUUUUA